AUGUGCAUUAAUAUAAAGGAUAUGUGCUUUGAAAUAAAUUACUUGAAGCUAUUAAGAAUUAGAGAGCCUGUGAAAUGCAUACAAUCAAUAGAAAGUAAUAAUGUAAUGUGGUCGGAAUUCUUGAGCAUGUGCUAAUGCAGGAUCAUUUGA